AUGAAGCGGAAUAAACGUGCGUUCAAUGCUACUAUAAUCGAUAAUGAUGAACUGAAUAUUAUAUCGGGAAAACGCGGCGAUGUGUCGGACAUUGAUCAGACGGAAUAUCUCGCUCCCCUGGAUGAAUCUGACGCCGAUGAUGGGCCUGUUGUUGUUAACGCAGCGGAAGUUUUGGCUGGUAUGCUAUUUAUCGAUGGAAUCAUCACGUUUUCAGGCAUAUCAAACAGGGUAGAGGAACGCAGACGUUCACCAACGCCUCCACGUCGCACACUACUAAACGAUGAUGACGAUGUAAUAUAUCGUGACAAGAGCGGAAGGCGGAUCACCCGCGAACAAUGGCUGCUGCUUCAUGAGAAACGCAAAGCUAAGACAGGGCGUGCAGAAUCGACUCAGGAGCUUUCCUGGGGAAAGGGGCUUGUGCAGAAGGUGAACCACGAAGCACAGGAGGCUGAGGAGCGUAGACUGGCGCAACAGCCCUUAAAUCGCUAUGACAUCGACGAAGAGUACGAUAGGGAACUCAAGGCUCGAAGCCGUUGGAGCGACCCUAUGUUUUCCUCAGAGUUGCCGCAUUCAGGUAUUCCGUUACUGAAAGGGGUUCAUUUUGUGUCAGAUGGCGACGCUCCUAAGUGCCGAUUCGUCGGCGUUCCAAACAGAUUCAACAUCGAGCCCGGCUACCGUUGGGACGGCGUUAUCCGAGGUAAGGGAUACGAGGAACGUUGGUUUAAGGCGGAAGCUAGCAGAAAGGCGAAACAGCAGGAGAGAUACUUGAACAAUAUUGCGGACAUGUAG